GGAGACCGCGGAGCGUUGGAAAUGACGCUCGGAGGCUUAAUUACCGCAGCCGCCGGACAAGUGUGAGGAAAGCUGACAGGAAAAAAGAAGGACAGGACCGGGGGUAAAGCAAGAAGCUUCCCCCCCUCCACCCCUCCCUUUCCUCCCAAUUUGGACUGGAGGUGCAAGGAAACUGAAAAGGGAGCUGAACAGAGACCGGCUGGGGGGAGAGGCCGGAAACCUACCGCCUCUUUGCAAUCAACUUUUUUUGGAAACCCUUUUCCGAACCCUUCCUUUUUAUUGUUGACCAACCAGUGAGAGAGAGAGAGUGAGAAAGUGAGGAGGGAGCGAGAACGCGAAGGCUCCCACAGGGAAAUAGCUGCCCGGUCCCCGGCCAGGAGCACGGCGCACACACUCGAGCACACUCCCACCCGCGCUCACCCUCACGCGCACCCUCUCUUGCUCUUGGGGCCCGGGCCCUGGACCCGCGGGCGCGGACUCGGAGCGGGUGCACCGAGCGCACCAGCCCCCCUUCGCGCCCCCACGCGUGCCCGGCUGAUGGAUCUCCUCCGCGUGCCCGAAAGUGGAUAUGCCAUUUGGACAUGUAAUUGUCAGCACGGGAUCUGAGACUUCCAAAAAAUGAAGCUGGCGACAGGACUGUGGGGCUGGAUGAGCCUUCUCGUGGCGGCGGGGACCGUCCAGCCCAGCGCUUCUCAGUCAGUGUGCGCAGGAACAGAGAAUAAGCUGAGCUCUCUCUCUGACCUGGAGCAGCAGUACCGAGCCUUGCGAAAAUACUAUGAGAACUGUGAGGUAGUCAUGGGCAACCUGGAGAUAACCAGCAUUGAGCACAACCGGGACCUCUCCUUUCUUCGGUCUAUACGAGAAGUCACAGGCUAUGUGUUGGUGGCUCUUAAUCAGUUUCGCUACCUGCCUCUGGAGAAUUUACGCAUUAUUCGUGGGACAAAACUUUAUGAAGAUCGAUAUGCCUUGGCAAUAUUCUUAAACUACAGGAAAGAUGGAAACUUUGGACUUCAAGAACUUGGACUGAAGAACUUAACAGAAAUCCUAAAUGGCGGAGUCUAUGUAGACCAGAACAAAUUUCUUUGUUACACAGACACGAUUCAUUGGCAAGAUAUUGUUCGGAAUCCAUGGCCUUCCAACCUGACGCUGGUGUCAACAAAUGGUAGCUCAGGAUGUGGACGUUGCCAUAAGUCCUGUACUGGCCGAUGCUGGGGACCCACAGAAAAUCAUUGCCAAACUUUAACAAGGACAGUUUGUGCAGAACAAUGUGAUGGCAGAUGCUACGGGCCCUAUGUCAGUGACUGCUGUCAUCGAGAGUGUGCUGGAGGCUGCUCAGGACCUAAGGACACCGACUGCUUUGCCUGCAUGAAUUUCAAUGACAGUGGAGCAUGUGUUACUCAGUGUCCACAAACUUUUGUCUACAAUCCAACCACCUUUCAGCUGGAGCAUAACUUCAAUGCAAAAUACACCUAUGGAGCAUUUUGCGUCAAGAAGUGCCCACAUAACUUCGUGGUUGAUUCCAGUUCUUGUGUGCGUGCCUGCCCUAGUUCCAAGAUGGAAGUGGAAGAAAAUGGGAUUAAAAUGUGUAAACCUUGCACUGACAUCUGCCCAAAAGCUUGUGAUGGCAUUGGCACAGGAUCAUUGAUGUCAGCUCAGACUGUGGAUUCUAGUAACAUUGACAAAUUCAUAAACUGCACCAAAAUCAAUGGGAAUUUGAUCUUCCUUGUCACUGGUAUUCAUGGGGAUCCUUACAAUGCAAUUGAAGCCAUAGACCCAGAGAAACUGAAUGUCUUUCGGACAGUCCGAGAGAUAACAGGUUUCUUGAACAUACAAUCAUGGCCCCCAAACAUGACCGACUUCAGUGUUUUUUCUAACCUGGUGACUAUUGGUGGAAGAGUACUCUAUAGUGGCCUUUCCCUGCUUAUCCUCAAGCAACAGGGCAUCACUUCACUACAAUUCCAGUCCCUGAAGGAAAUCAGUGCAGGAAACAUCUAUAUCACAGACAACAGCAACCUGUGUUAUUAUCAUACCAUUAACUGGACAACACUCUUCAGCACCAUCAACCAAAGAAUAGUGAUUCGGGACAACAGGAAAGCUGAAAACUGUACUGCUGAAGGAAUGGUAUGCAACCAUCUCUGUUCAAAUGAUGGGUGUUGGGGACCUGGGCCAGACCAGUGCCUGUCCUGUCGUCGCUUCAGCAGGGGAAGGACCUGCAUAGAGUCUUGUAACCUCUAUGAUGGUGAAUUUCGAGAGUUUGAGAAUGGCUCCAUCUGUGUGGAGUGUGACCCCCAGUGCGAGAAGAUGGAAGAUGGCAUCCUCACGUGCCAUGGACCGGGACCUGACAACUGCACAAAGUGCUCCCAUUUUAAGGAUGGCCCGAACUGUGUGGAAAAAUGUCCAGAUGGCUUACAAGGGGCAAACAGUUUCAUUUUCAAAUAUGCUGAUGAGGAUCGGGAGUGCCACCCAUGCCAUCCAAACUGCACCCAAGGGUGUAGCGGUCCAACUAGUCAUGACUGCAUUUACUACCUUUGGACGGGCCAUUCCACAUUACCACAACAUGCUAGGACUCCCUUAAUUGCAGCUGGAGUCAUUGGUGGACUCUUCAUCCUAGUCAUUGUGGGUCUAACAUUUGCAGUUUAUGUUAGAAGAAAGAGCAUCAAAAAGAAAAGAGCCUUAAGAAGGUUCCUUGAAACAGAGUUGGUAGAACCCUUAACUCCCAGUGGCACAGCUCCCAAUCAAGCUCAACUUCGAAUUUUGAAAGAAACUGAACUCAAGAGAGUAAAAGUACUUGGCUCAGGUGCUUUUGGAACAGUUUAUAAAGGUAUUUGGGUCCCUGAAGGAGAAACAGUGAAGAUUCCUGUAGCUAUUAAGAUUCUUAAUGAAACAACUGGUCCCAAAGCCAAUGUGGAAUUUAUGGAUGAAGCUCUGAUCAUGGCAAGUAUGGACCAUCCACACCUAGUGCGGUUAUUAGGUGUGUGUCUGAGCCCAACCAUUCAGCUGGUUACACAGCUCAUGCCCCAUGGCUGCCUGUUGGAUUAUGUCCAUGAACACAAAGAUAACAUUGGAUCACAACUGUUGCUUAAUUGGUGUGUCCAGAUAGCAAAGGGAAUGAUGUACCUGGAAGAAAGACGGCUUGUUCAUCGGGAUUUAGCAGCCCGUAAUGUCUUAGUGAAAUCUCCAAACCAUGUGAAAAUCACAGAUUUUGGACUAGCCAGGCUCUUGGAAGGAGAUGAAAAAGAGUAUAAUGCUGAUGGAGGAAAGAUGCCAAUUAAAUGGAUGGCUCUGGAGUGUAUACACUAUAGGAAAUUCACCCAUCAGAGUGACGUUUGGAGCUAUGGAGUCACUAUAUGGGAACUGAUGACCUUCGGAGGAAAACCCUACGAUGGCAUUCCAACGAGAGAAAUCCCUGAUUUAUUAGAGAAAGGAGAACGUUUGCCCCAGCCUCCCAUCUGCACUAUUGACGUUUACAUGGUCAUGGUCAAAUGUUGGAUGAUUGAUGCUGACAGUAGACCUAAAUUUAAGGAACUGGCUGCUGAAUUUUCAAGAAUGGCUCGAGAUCCUCAAAGAUAUCUAGUUAUUCAGGGAGAUGACCGUAUGAAGCUGCCCAGUCCAAACGACAGCAAGUUCUUUCAGAACCUCUUGGAUGAAGAGGAUUUAGAAGAUAUGAUGGAUGCUGAGGAAUACCUGGUCCCUCAGGCUUUCAACAUCCCACCUCCCAUCUAUACUUCCAGAGCAAGGAUUGACUCAAACAGGAGUGAAAUUGGACACAGCCCUCCUCCUGCCUACACCCCCAUGUCAGGAAACCAGUUUGUGUACCGAGAUGGGGGUUUUGCUGCAGAACAAGGCAUGCCUGUGCCCUACAGAGCCACAACCAGCACCAUCCCAGAAGCCCCAGUUGCUCAGGGGGCUACAGCUGAGAUUUUUGAUGACUCCUGCUGUAAUGGCACCUUACGCAAGCCAGUGACACCCCAUGUCCAAGAAGACAGCAGUACCCAGAGGUACAGCGCCGACCCCACAGUGUUUGCCCCAGAACGGAGCCCACGAGGAGAGCUGGAUGAAGAAGGUUACAUGACCCCUAUGCGAGACAAACCCAAACAAGAAUACCUGAACCCUGUGGAGGAGAACCCUUUUGUUUCUCGGAGGAAAAAUGGAGACCUCCAAGCUUUGGAUAAUCCCGAAUACCACAGUGCUUCCAGUGGUCCACCCAAGGCAGAAGAUGAAUAUGUGAAUGAGCUGUACCUCAACACCUUUGCCAAUGCCUUGGGGAAUGCUGAGUACCUGAAGAACAACGUACUGUCUGUGCCAGAGAAGGCCAAGAAAGCAUUCGACAACCCUGACUACUGGAACCACAGUCUGCCACCUCGGAGCACCCUUCAGCACCCAGACUACCUGCAGGAGUACAGCACAAAAUAUUUUUAUAAACAAAAUGGACGGAUCCGGCCUAUUGUGGCAGAGAAUCCUGAAUACCUCUCUGAGUUCUCACUGAAGCCAGGCACUGUGCUGCCUCCCCCACCCUACAGACACCGGAAUACUGUGGUGUAAGCUCUGCAGUGGUUUCUAAGUGGAGAGACAUGCCUGCUCCAAUUUCCCUGCCGCCUAUCUUUCUCUUGUGGUCUUCCUUCUACUCCCAAGGCCAGUAGUUUUGACGCUUCCCAGCGGAAGUUGUGGAGAUACAAUGAUAGUUAUGUGCUUUUCUAACUUGAACACUAGAAGGAAGGACUGAAAGAGAAAGACAGGAGGAACCACACUGUUUCUUUAUUUCUCUGCAUGGGUUGGUCAGGAUACUGGAACAGCUAGGGAAGGACCGGAAAAUCUAAGGCAAUACUGCCUGCUGUCAAAUUAGUUCUCAACUUUUUUUCUGUUUUUUUCUUGUCCUUCCUUCCUUCUUUCCUUCUUCCUUCCUUCCUCUCUUUCAUUCUCUUUCCUUCUCUCUUUUAAUUAAGAUGCUUAAAGGACCCAUGUUAUCUGUUCCUAUCUGCAGGAACUGAUGUGUACAUUUUCAGGAUCCCUGGAAAUCCUAGUAAAAUCCCCACUGAAAGAAAAAGAUAACCUAAAAUUUCCAUUAGAACAAAAAAGGAUAACCUUCUCUAUAGCAUAUGAUAGUAACUAAGAUUGAAAAAUCCAAUCUCUUUCUCUGACAGUUUCUAUCCUGACAAGCAAGAACUGUGAACUCAGCAUUCAUAAUUUUUGAAUCUUCAUCCAAGUAUAACUAGUAAUUAUGUUUGGAGCACUUUUUUGUUUUUUAAUUUUAUUUUGCUUUGAUCUGCUUUGAUAUACUUUUCUUCCCUGUUUUGUGCUUUAAUUUUUAAUUGCACAUGUUUUUACAUCAAAAUUUCUCAUAUGUUGCUAUAAAUUGAUAGAAUUGUAAAAAGAAAUAUUUUAAUAUGGUAAAAUGGCCACUAUUUUAAAUAUACAGUCUUUAACAUUAGAAGGGGAGGCCAAGAUAAUAUCAAAUCUAAUUUUUCUCUUUUACACUGUUGAAUACAUAUCCCCUUCUACCUUUAUGUUCUUUAUUUCCUUCUCCUCUAAAUGAGAGUACUUGAUAGGCAGUUGGUAAUGUAAAGAAGGGAAACUAAGAGACAGUUCUGCGUGGUUCAUGAAAACUACUGAUACUUUCAGGGGUGGUCCAAUGGAGAAUCCAUUGAACUGGAAGAAACACACUGGAUUGGGUAUGUCUACUUGGCAGAUACUCAGAAAUGUAGUUUGCACUUAAGCUAUAACUUUAUUUGUUCUCUUUCUGAACUCCAUUUUGGAAUUUGAAUGAAGCAAUAUGGAAGCAACCAGCAAAAUAACUCAUUUAAGUACUUUUUUUUUAAAAAAAGAGCUGAGAUGAAAGACUGUGGAAAUGCCAAACCAAGCAAAUUAGGACUUUGGUGUAGUAUUCAGGGAUUAUGGUGAUAGUGUCAGCACAUAAUAAACAUGUGAUACCACAUUUCCUACUCAAAGACAGUUGUCCAGUUUGUAUACUCCAUUUGAAGGAAUGCAAGUGAGGAUCAGUUUGAAUUCCAUGGAAUUUCUAGUGUGAGACUCUAUAUUAAGUGGAAGGUAACUCUUUGCACAUAAGUUGGUGUAAUAAAAAGAAAUACACAAACAUCCCCUGCUUAUAGAUAGGUCCUUGGGUCAAAAGUUGUAAAUAAAUGUGAAAAAACUUCUCAUGUAAUUAUUUUAAUAUCCAACAUACUAACCUUUUGAUACUUUAUAUAAUAACUCUUUCUUCAAACACAGCAUCCUAGUUCUAGAGCCAUCUUUAUUGUGUAUCAUUUUGAAGAAUACUUACUGAGUUAAGAUGAUCAUUGGGAACAAAUGGUAGAAAUAAGUUUUCAGGAAAAAGGGGCCUCAGGUCCAUAUUUAGAAAAAUUGGAUAGAAGUCUCACUUUUCUAGGAAAAUCUUACCCAAUUCAUUUUGAAUUUUUUCUCUUUCUAAUGUUAAAGUAUUUGGAAUCCACUUUGAGUACAUCACCUAAGUGAAAGCAAUUAAACUAAAAAUAUUCAUUGGUAAAGAGAAGAGUUUAGAAAAAUAAAGAAAUCUAGAUUUCUGCCUCUUUUGGAAAAGUAAAUCUAUCAAUCCUUUUGGCUCCCUUAAUUUUCAACUCAUAUUUGUUUUGUGUCUACUAAAAGCACUGUUAUGUGGGAAACAUCCAGAUAAAUGCAAUAUUAGUCCUAACUUUAAACUUUUAAAUCUGAUUUAUUUGGAAUGACAUUUAAUUUUUUGUUUUAUAAUUCAAGGAAUAUGGUUGCAUGGACUAUUUUAUGAGCAGUCAUCUGUUAAAAGAUCUCCUGGGAACUCAUCUAGGACAGUAGUAGUACAUCCUACAAGUCGUUGAAGUAAAAAUAGGAUAGUUUCAAUGUUAACAUCCAAACACAAACUGGUGUAGAAGGAUAUUGUAUUACUGGCUAAUUGCCCUAUUUGGUUUCUAACUUGACCAUCAGAUCAACAAAGAAUGCCUCCAGAACACUGGAGACUUUGGGGUUGGUUUUUUCCUAAAUUAUAAAAGUAAGGGAAACUGAAAGAAUGAGGUCGAGCCAGGGAGGAGUCUGUGAGAUCUCAUCCAGUGAAGUUUAGACAUAAGCUUUCCAGGGUCCAAAGACAAAGUUCAGGGGCCACAGCCUCACAGCUCAGCACUCUUCCACCCAAUCAGAGGAGCCUCCAGGAAAAAAGGUCCUCACAUCAGUACUUUUGAAAAUUUGAAUAUAAGUUCUCUUUCUAGAUAAAUCCAUACCAAUUCCUGAGAGCACCCUUGUUGGAGACUAGAACUUGACUUUUUCUUCUGAUUUGCAAUAUUCCUCUGUUUUCUACUGGAAUAUGAAAAGCAGGACCACUUGCAUUAGAGAAGGAAAGAAGGAAUUAUUUUACUGUUAGGGUGAGAGAAAUGUAUUCAGUGAAGGUAGUGUCUCCAUUCUAGGAACCUAAGACCCCUACUCAUCAGGUACUAAUAACUGGAAAUAGAUGCACGUAUAAUCCAAAGUUACCCGAAAUGCUCCAUAACAACUCUGCUGUUCCUUUUGAAUGAUUUUUCUAGCACAUACUUGAUUUCAGUUGUUUUAGGGUUUCUCUUUUGUUUUAUUUUUAGUCCCCUAGGAAAACAUAUUUCAGAGUGAUCAGCAUGCUUUUUGAAGUGUAUAAGAGAGGGAAAAAAAAUUCUUUUUUCCAAAGAAUAACUUAUUCGACCCAGUAGAGCGAAAUUUUCUAAUGCCAAUUAAAGCUUACCAAGUGCAUCAGGAUAUCAGAUUGUUGCAGGCUGGUUGUGUCAAUGCAAAUGUGCAGAACCACUUAAGUAAAUCUGAGGAAAAUUAAUAGUACAGUUACACAGACUGUAUUUUUUUAAAUCACCAAAUCUUAUAUGUUAUACCUAUCUUGGGAAAUCUUAUUUCCAGUUGAGAACAGCUACAUAACUAAAUGAUGGUUCAGAGCAGUGGUUCUUAGGUGAGAAAUGAUGUCCUCUACACCAAGGUAGACUCAGAACCACAAAGUAUCCUGCACCACAAAGAGGUUCUUGAACUAUUGAGAAGCAACUGGUUUUUGAAAUUAGUGUUAGGAUGAGAGUUCUUUCUUGGGUACUACAGUUGAAAUGGAAUUAAAAAACAAAGCAAAACUCAAAUUGGAUUAAUAUGUAUAAACUAAAAAUAUGAGUUUUUUGUUUUUUUUUUUCUUAGAAGACCAGGAAGAAUGACUGAAUACCUAUAGCUGGAGUGGAGAAAUAGUGUUCUCAGUGUUAUAACAUGUGUAUUAAUACCUUGUAAAAUCAGGACUUGGCAUGAAGAUCAUGCAUAAUACCAAUGCCUAGAACAAACCCAUAGAAGGAUUGUGAGAUUCUGCUCCUAGACGAAGUUGGAAUGGUGAUCAAUUUUUGAAGUGUCAAAAAGAAAAGAAAAAGAAAAUUGUGUCAUUCUGACAGGGAAGGAUGUAAAUACAUGUUUUUUCUAGAGCUAUCUAACCUUUAUUUCAAAACUUGAAUAAUUUAUCCAUCUAUAAAUGUUGAUUAUUUAACUAGUAUAUGUAGUUCAUAAGGUAAUAGAAAAGGUGACCAUGAAAGCAUGUAUAUAACUGGGCAGAACCAUGAUAAUGCUGUAAGAUGUAGACUUAGUUAGGUUAUCAGAUGUUAAAUGAUUUUAAUACUAUUAAAUAAAUCAAACUAGAAAAGUAACCACAAAAUGUAAUGUAGCAAAAUAAAAUGCAGGAUAUGAAAAUGUAGGAUGGAUUUUGCAUAGCAAAAAAUAAGUUUGCCAUUUAAAAUCGUUAUUUGUUAGGUUUAGCUGAAAGUAGGCAUAUAAAGUGUUGGUUCCACUUAUGAAAACUUGCUUUAAAUCAUUACAAUGAGUUUUUUUCUCAUUCUCUUAUUCCUUUACCAUUUUAAAAAUAUACUAAGUGUAAAGAAACAUCCUUUAAAUUUGAUUUGCAAACACCACCUUGUAGAGUUUUAACAGACAAAUAUGUUACAAAUGACUUAUAACUAAGAGGUUUCCAAAAUGAAGUGUAGGAAGUGUAAAUGCUCUAUUACCUUAUGCAGAGAUAAAAAUGAGUGGUGCCACUUAGUAAACAAACAAAAUGCAUUUGAUUUGUGACAGAUCCUUUCUUUUUUCCACAAUAGCCUUCCAUCUCCAAAAAGAACACAAGGAAUUAACAAUAUUCUGAGAAAUAAAUGCUAAGGCAAGCAUUUCAGACUGCUGUAUUUCCAUUAUUUUGGACUCUAGUUAUUAACCAGAUUAUUUUUAAUAAGGCAAAUGAGAAAUCCAGGUGCGUAAGCUUCUAGUUGUUGAAAAGCUGGAAAACAAAAUCUACUGUGUAUACUAUGGCAGAAAAUUCUGCUGGGCCUCUCUUUGUCUAUAUGGUCUUCGCAGGGCCACCUGAUACCCACACAGACACCUCAGACAGACUCAUAUCUCCUGACCACCAUUUGCUUAAGAACGAAUAACAUUAUGCAGAGAUAGACUGGACAUCAUUUUAAAAUAACAGUGUCGUUGGAGACCUUGGUAUUACUGAUAUUACCAAGGGGUCAGCUUCUAUACUUCUGGGUGGAAUAGAAUUUUUUCUAAUCCCAGAAAACCUUUGCAAGAGCAGUUCUUUCCACAGUUGCAAACAGAAAGCUGUCUUGGGCACUGUGUUGGGUCAGGAGUCCCUGAGUCUGUAUGGACAAAUGGCUUUUAACACCAUGGGCUGUUCUGUUUUCUUCAUUUAAAAAAAAAAAAGUUCUUUAUAAAAUAGAAAUUUCAGACAUCCUGUCCAAGUCCCACUGGUUUUAUAGAGGUGCAAAAAUGCGGGAUGUGUCCCCUGCCUCACCUCUUUCAGCCAGGUGAUAUUUUAGGCAGAAGAAUUUUUUCUUGGCAUUAGCUGAAAAGACUCUUAAGCCACCAUUCAAGGAAAUAUUCACAUGCUUCCUCUAGAAAAUACUCCUUAAUAGUUGGCUUUGUAAGUAAGUUAUCUUGUUAGGAGCCAGAAAAAAAUUCAUUUCCCACUGGACCUUACAGAAAAAUACUGCCCUUAUUUCUUUCUCCAUUGGCACAGCUACUCCAUUCGCCUCACUUUCUGUCACCCUAUUUCAAAGGGCACUCAUGAUGCUUGCUGUCCUAAGCCAUAGUGGAUCUCUGAGGUCCCACACGCUGCUUGGUGAAAUACUGAGUUAGCCUCUGCCCUCAAAUGUCUGACAUUUCCAUAAAAGAUACUAGCAAUUUGGACAUGCUUUAAAUUAUUUCUCAAAUAAAUGACUGCACAGAGUACACUUUAUGAUAUUAAAAUUAUGCUUUUCCUUGAAGAUCGCUUCUCUUACUGUGUCCUUCUCUAUAGGAAUUUGAGUUGAGUCAGCCCUGUGAUGAAUCUUGAAGCUCACGUUUGUGCACAUACCCUUGGUAGUAUUCAGAUUUAAUCUUCCCAUAAAAACUUUACACUAAUGAGUGUUUUUUGCCAACAAAUAAACUUAUUUACUUUAUUUAUCUUAUUUUACUCCUGAUUGCAAUUAUUUUAGAGCUGCUGUAUUUUUUUUUAAUAAAUGAAGAGUCUUAUUAUCAUAAAGGUAAAGGCUAUUCAGCUUUGAGAACCACCUGUAAUUCUCUACUGGAUCAUUCAUUCACCUGACAAGUAUAUAAUGAAGGCAGUUUCAUUGAAAUUGAAAACCCACCUUGUCUAACAGAGUGCCAUUUUUUCCUCUACUUUUGCUCUUUAAGAACAUUUUUAUUUCAAUGUUCUAAUGAGUUUUGUCUGUAUCACAAGAAAUGCUUAUAUUUGUACAAAUAUACAAAUACAAGAAAGCAAAGUUUCAUACCUGUAGACAAUACUCUAACUUGUCCAAACCACUUUGCCUUUACUACUACUUUUAUCCCUGAUGUGUAGAUGUCUCCCCCAGGCCUGUAGCUGUGUUGAAGGAAAGCAAACCAUACUUCCUAAGCAUCGACAUAACCUGGUUCUUGAGUAUAAUUUCUAGAUUUUUCAGUUAGUGGGGGGUUGUACUAUUUUCCUAAUGUGAGAGUCAAUUUCUUGUAUAUUUCUGGAUCUCUCAGGGGCUGGGAGGGGGUAGUGAGGGGGCUACACCAUAGCACUCCAAGAAUCCUUUGGGAUUAUUCCAGUAGUCAACAACGAAAGUUAUUUUCCAAGUGUAGAUAUGUAAGCUGUUCUUUUAAAGUAAGGUACUUUGGAAUAUGUAGCAUAAAUUGGUACUGCUGUUAAAUGGGUCGAUUAUUAAACUGAGCAGCUGUGCGAGGGCAGCUAACUUUGAAUGCACAUCUCACUGGCUGGUGUGUCUACAUCUUCUGUCUUGACCACCAGGUACUUGCAUUGCUGCAGGUCUAAACUGCAUGUUCACACAGCGUGACUAGUUGUUCAUCUCUUUCUCGAGAACCAUUAUAACAAGAGUAAAUGAAAAUGAAAUCAAUCUGCAAGACAAUUCAUAGCACAAAAAAUGUCACGUUAAAUCUUCUCUCAAACACUCAUCUCAUACAUGCAUCAAAGUAGUUGACUAAGAUCAGUUUAGGUGAUAAAGGGAGACACUUUACCAAAAAGGCAGAGACUUAAGGUAUUAUAUACACUUGUAUUCAUUUCCUUAUGUUCUUAACUUGUAAACAGAAAACAAGCCCUCUCUCUUCUGAAGUAUCUUCAAAGGACAGGGGUGCAAAAAUACCUAGCUGGUAAGCCAUUGAUGUUUCAUUUAAAUCCCAGUGUUCAAAGUUAGCUGCCUUUUUGAAAUAAACAAACAAAAAAUACUACUGUAUGUUUGAAAAUGUGAAUAGUAUUUUUAUAGCUUGUUAAAGACAUGGUUAGUUGCAUUUGUAAAUAGGGAUAAUGUUGCUUUGAUUUUCUUCUGUGGACCUCUUUAUUUGGAACAUAAUUGUCUUUAGGGUUGAUUUGUAUAUAAGUAAUUGGCUUGUGAUUGUUUCUUUUUGAUUGGAAGUUAUCAUUUUGACAUUAAUUGUGAUCCUGUGUUCAGCACAAUGGUGACGUGUUCAACCUCUGCACUUGCUUACACAAUAGGAUAUGCCAAUUGUGUGGUGUAAUGUUAUUUUGAUUUUUUUUUCUAUUUUAUCUAUGAAGGAUGAUGCACUUAACACAUACUAACUUUUUUAAUGUUAGGUAUAUUUUUAGUAUAAUUUCCCUUAUUCUUUCUUCUCCUCCAAACCUUUACCCCAUCCUCCUUCUCUUCCCCUGAUUUCUGUCGCUAUUUGAGAAUGAGGGACAAACAGUAUUUUAAAUUUCUGUAAUUAGGCUUUUCUGUUAGUUCUCAAGGAUCCUUUCUUGGCUCUUGGGAAAGAAUUGUACCUGUAUAAGGCAAUUAUAGAACGCGACUUGCUUUGCCUCAUUCUGUACUGAUCAUCCCAGCUGAACAAUUUGAAAACUGUUCUGCCUUUUUGUUACAUGAAUCUGUCAGAAAUAUAUUUUUAAUUUAAUAUAAAUGAAAUUCAAUAAAAUAUGAAACAUGUA